UGCCACAGUCUCAAUCCGACCCGUGUUCCGAACUGAACGUACCGCGUGAAAAAUGUGUAAUGUUUGCACUCGUGAUGUCGCGCCCGUGCCGGCGCCGGCGCCCGUCAAGCCGAACAAGGCUAUAGAACGUCUGAAGAAGAAGCAUAACAUCAUCACGGACCCCACUGACGAGGAGAAGCAAAAGGAAGUGGAGUACCAACCCGAUCUGCUCGCUCUCUCGACCCAGUACUCUAAGCUGGCAUACAACAUCUUCAAGCAAACUGUUGCGCGAUUCCAGGAAACGAAAGCCUACACAAUCGCAACUAAAACAACUCAGCCGUUCCACGUAGCGCUUGCAGUGCUUGUUGUUAUCGCCUGGAUUACCAGGUCUGGCUCCAGCGCCAAUCUCCGUGGCUGGCGUGCUCUCUAUGUCGGAGCUGUUGCCACACAUCUUGGCGCACAAAUAUGGAUGACUUUGAUAUCUGGAAUCGUUCUGUACUUUGCACUUCCUCGCCACGAAUUCGGCCGCGUCCAGACUGUUCUGUUUCCAGUGUACUACGCGUUCAACUCGCUAGUGAGUUUGCUAGCUGUGCUCGCGUACUUCCGGACGCAAUGCAUAACCCACUUUGAAAACACUUCCUGGGUACAACUAGCACUUCUGUUAGUCGUAUUCAGUAUAGAGGCGUACGUCCGCUUGUGGCUCGUGAGGCCGAUGUUACGAGCCAAGCACGUUAAGACACAAAUGGAGGAAGCCGCAGGGGGCGGACAGGAAAUUGGUCGCCUUGUUCUCGGCGAGCUGGCUCACUGUCCUCGUUACUUGCGCGUGCUGAAAACCUUCCGUGCCUAUCACUCAUCCAUCGCAAUGGGCACCAUGAUCACCCUCGGCUGUUCAUUCUACUCCACCAUGAUCUUGGUGGACUCUAUGUGCCAUUAAAUACGAGUUUAAAGAACUACAGGCAUUGUAAGGACUAGCCCGCAUUAUUCGAGGCAGUCUCGAUAUAUGGAGUAUUUGUAUGAAGAAAAUGGAUUCCCCAGUCACUAAUUCAGUUUGUCUGAUGCUUGCAGUAUGAAUAAGCUUUAAAUUUUACCGACUUCAAUGCUUCAUGUCAUCAUUAAAAUAUGAAAAUAAGAAUUAACAUAAGUCUCCUUUCACUCUUUUACCGAAAAGUCACGAAUCAUUUGACUGUGUGCCUUAUUCUACAUUUUUUUUCUGUACCCAAUUAAUCAAUGACUUUAACAUAUAAUUGUUAUUUUAUAUUUAAAUAUUGAAUACGCACAUGUCAUAGCUGGGGAUUGCCUCCUCUAUUUUUGAUUUCAGUCUGGAGCAGUAUUGUUCAAAGCUGUUCUAGUUGAGUGCUUGGAGGAUAAACAGGCAGAAUUAAUUUUAAAAACAUGCAGGUUUACGUUGUUUUCCUUCGCCGCACAAGAUGAAUUAUAAAUAAAAAUUAAACAAAAUCAUACCAUUGGGCCAUCUUGACAUACUCAUUUCAUUUAAAAUUCUUAUUCAAUAUUUUUUCUAAAUUGUACAUCUGAAUAAUAUUGGCCACUUAGACUUUCUCGUCAUUAAUAAAAAAAUACUUUUACUAAAUUAUCGACCAAUCAUUUAAUUUAUUUUGAACAUGGAAUCAUCUAAUUUUAUAAAGCACUAAAAUUUUAUCUUAGUACUUAAGAUAUAGUUUCACUACAAAGUUUAUAGAGCCAACAAAUUAAAAAAUAAAAGUUGUUUUUUUUUUUUUUAAUUGAGAUUGAUUAAGGGUUUAUUUCAUUAAGCAAUUAUCAUUACUUAGUUCCAUGUCAGGCUGUGAGGUCUGUUAUUUAGAAAGUUUAUGUUAAUAAUAGUUUAUUAGCCAAACGAAAAAUAAAAUGUAUGUGAGGCGCUGGUCGCACGAAUUGUUUUCUUGAAAAACGGGGGUGAUAUUCUAAAUUGUAUACAAUUUUUAAUACAUUUAGUAAGUUAUAUAAUAAAUAAUACAUAUGGCUUUGAUUUAUAUAACCGUAAAUAUAUAGUGUUGUUCUUUAUAAAGAUCAAUAAAAUUUAAUUAUUAUUAAUGUAAACACGAAUAUAAGAAAAUUUCAAACAUCACCUCUAUUCAUCCAUGUGUAUAUUAUUUUCGUUAGCAAUUAGUGAAAAUAUAUCAAAUUGUGAGCAAUGUUUUGUUUGUGUAUUAUUAAGAGUGUAGCCAACUUUGAUGUAGGAAAUUGGCGUAUGUAUUCUUGCCACUAUUAAUGUAAUCGUCACUUGAAAUGUUCCCUGUUCAAUAGCCGACACGAAAGUUAAACAAUAAGCAUGAAUCAUAAUUAUGUGAUACGCAGGACAGGGAAAGGGUUUAAAUAUGUUAGAACUACCACACACUGCAGACUUUUUAUCGAAAAUCUAGUAUUUGCUGUUAUUUUGUGGUCACAAAUAAUUAAUAUAUCUAAAAAUUAACCUAUUGACAAAUAAAAAAUCGACAAUGAGUGGUAGUUAUCAGCGACCGCAGCCAGCCCAUCUCUAAGCUGCUUGAUUAAGAGUAUCUCGAAUUCACUGCUUUCUAAUUAUCUACAAUACUGCCAUAAAGUUUAGUGUUUAACGUAGUGGUAAGUCUUGUACAGUAUCUCCAUUUGGUGAGCAAUAAUCGUAAAAAGGCUGAAAGCAGCAUUGGCGAGGUCAGCAACAUCUUUAUUGCUAUUUUGUGGCCCAGUCUCUAGUUCAGUCGCGGUUUCAUUCGAGGAAUUAAUAAUGGAUAUUCUAAACUAAUUCAAUUUGCGCUAACAAAGAGUUAUGCGAGAUAGACAAGUGCUUACUUUGUGUAAGAUCUAGUCAGCAAUAAACGGAGAGUGAUCGCUAAACCGCAGUAUUAAUGUACUUGUACGUGCUAAUGAAACCGUCACUUAAAUUCUGUGAUCGCGCUCUAGUAAAAGCGAUCAAGCAGCUUAAGCCCAUACGGCUGGGGUAAGCAGAAUAUAAAAAAAAUAUUAAUAUUAGGUUAGUUUUAUAUUAUAAUUUAAAAUUAGAGCGUUAAAGAAUAUAUUUUAAUGAUGAUCU